CUUGGAUUCUCUCCCCGCCUCCCAGGAGUGCUGCAUCCUUGGCUCUCUCGCAGAGGCCUUAUCUCUCUCUCUCUGAAUUAGCAACCAUGCGGUCAACAGCAUCAUCACUGAUGUCUCCUCUCACCCUCUCUACGGCUUUCUCUCCUCGUUCUUCUCAGCUGCAUCCCCGUUGUCUCCAUUUCCUCUCUCACUCGCUUCCCAUUUUCUACAAAUUCAAGAGUCCCCACAGUUUCUGCCCAAAAUCCCAGAACCGCCCUAUUUUCCUUGUUCGAAACUGCGCUUCCAUUACCGCAAAACCCUCUUCUCAGUUUCGGAAGAAAUCUGCCGAUUCCGAGCAGGAUGAGAAGCUUCGUUCUCUGCGUGAGCUGUUCUCGAAGCCCGGAAUUGGAAUUGAUGCGUAUAUUAUCCCUUCCCAGGACGCCCACCAGAGUGAGUUCAUUGCUGAAUGUUAUAUGAGGAGGGCCUACAUAUCAGGGUUUACUGGCAGUGCUGGUACUGCUGUUGUCACAAAGGAUAAAGCAGCUCUUUGGACAGAUGGGCGUUAUUUUCUCCAGGCAGAGAAGCAGUUAAGCUCUAAUUGGAUUCUUAUGCGGGCUGGUAACUAUGGAGUUCCUACAACCAGUGAAUGGCUUAAUGAUGUUUUGGCUCCUGGUUGCAGAAUUGGCAUUGAUCCUUUUCUUUUUUCUUCUGAUGCUGCAGAGGAAUUGAAAGAGGCCAUUGCUAAGAAGAAUCAUGAAUUGGUUUACCUAUAUGAUUUAAAUCUUGUGGAUGAAAUAUGGAAAGAAUCAAGGCCGGAGCCUCCAAGAAAACCAAUUAGAGUGCAUGAGCUGACAUAUGCUGGUUUAGAUGUCUCAUCAAAAUUGUCUUCCCUGAGGUCUGAACUCAUUGAUGCUGGUUGUUCUGCUAUUGUUGUUUCUAUGCUUGAUGAAGUUUCUUGGCUGUUAAACUUGAGAGGAAAUGAUGUUCCAAACUCACCUGUUAUGUAUGCAUACUUAAUUGUGGAGAUUGAUGGGGCAAAAUUAUUUAUUGAUGAUUCUAAAGUCAGCCCAGAAGUGAUGGAUCACUUGAAGAAUGCAGGCAUAGAGUUGAGACCAUAUGAAUCCAUUCUAGCUGAAAUAAAGAAUUUGGCAGCGAAAGGGGCACACCUCUGGUUGGAUACGUCCUCUGUUAAUGCUGCUAUUGUCAACACCUACGAGGCUGCUUGUGACCAGUAUUCUGGGAGCCUUGAUAAUAAGAGGAAAAAUAAGUCUGAGGCCUAUGGAGUCGCCAAUGGUCAAUCUGGGGUGCCCACUGGAGUUUAUAAGAUUUCACCUAUUUUGCUGGCGAAGGCUGUGAAAAAUCAGGCUGAAUUGGAAGGGAUGCGCAAUUCUCAUCUAAGGGAUGCAGCUGCUCUUGCACAGUUUUGGUCCUGGCUGGAAGAAGAAAUCCUUAAGGGUGUGCUAUUGACAGAGGUAGAUGUUGCAGAUAAACUUCUUCAAUUCCGUUCUAUGCAGGCUGGUUUCUUGGAUACAAGCUUUGAUACUAUAAGUGCUUCGGGUGCAAAUGGUGCCAUCAUACAUUACAAACCAAAUCCAGAUAGUUGUAGCAUUGUGGAUGUGAAGAAAAUGUUCCUAUUAGACAGUGGAGCUCAAUAUAUUGAUGGAACAACCGAUAUAACCAGGACAGUGCAUUUUGGCGAACCUACUCCACGGCAAAAAGAAUGCUUCACCCGAGUUUUACAGGGUCAUAUAGCUCUUGAUCAGGCAGUAUUCCCUGAAAAUACUCCUGGUUUUGUAUUGGAUGCAUUUGCCCGGUCCUUUCUGUGGAAGAUUGGACUUGAUUACCGGCAUGGGACUGGGCAUGGUGUAGGAGCUGCAUUGAAUGUUCAUGAAGGCCCUCAAAGUAUUAGCUUUCGAUUUGGAAAUAUGACUCCUUUACAGAAAGGCAUGAUUGUUAGCAAUGAACCUGGCUAUUAUGAAGACCAUGCCUUUGGUAUUCGGAUCGAGAAUCUCCUUUGUGUUAAAGAGAUGGACACCCCAAAUCGUUUUGGAGGUAUCGGAUAUUUGGGAUUUGAAAAGCUCACAUUUGUUCCAAUUCAGAAUGAAUUGGUUGAGUUAUCUCUACUCUCCACUGCCGAGAUUGAUUGGCUCAACGAUUACCAUUCAGAAGUCUGGGAGAAGGUAUCGCCGUUACUGGAUGGUUCUGCACGUCAAUGGCUUUGGGAUAACACACGGCCACUUGCCAAACAGUAAUCGAAUCUGGUCUUCAUCCCUUUCUUGAACUUCUGCAAACUCAUGGUGGGUUUCUGCCAUUGUUGGUAUAGAUAAUGUUGAAGGAAGGAAUGAACAAUAAUAGGCUAUGGCAAUCAAGUCUGUACAGACCAUUGCAUUGCAGGAAUUAUCUGAUCUGAAAUUUGUAUGAAAAACCACGGUGGGGGUAGGUAAAAUUAUUCCAAUAUUAAUAAUUACUUGUAUUGGAAACUAGAGGAAUCCUUCUUCUAGCUUUUUCAUUAUCCACUAGUAGGGUUUUUUUUUAA